GCUUUUCGCUUGUCUUUGCUAGGUCAUUAAGCCAAUUCCGCGUGGCAGCUGGUACGUCCAAGCUAAUUGAGCCGCGCUCAGCGUUCUGCUGGAAGUCAUGAUUUCGACCUCUCAAGCCAUCUAUACUGAAGCUGCGCGACAGACUGGCCGUUCCAGCCGCAGAGGGCGGCCUGGGAGGAGGCAUUGAACCUCCUGAGCUCACCUUCCUCAGGCGAACAGUCUUCAUCUCGUUCAAAAAGGCCGCCAUCUUAUCAGAAGGGACGUUCACAGUUGGCUGACCAGCACGCUUAGGGCGAGCAGCGGUUGGACCGGCGUUUAUGGGGGCCUCCUUGGGGGUUCCCGCGUGCUUCAGUGACGCUCGGACUGCCAUCAGAAGGGAGUCCGCCCCUGCGGAAGGCGUCGUGGGUAGGCGAGGGGUUACACCUACGGGUGGCAGCGGAGGUGGGGGCGGCGGAGGUGGGUCCCUUGAGGUUUGGUCAUCUCGCGAGACAUGCACAACAGGUCUCCGAGCGAGCUCAUCCCGCAAUCGACGUACUUCCUCUUCCAGGCGACGAAUCAGCUCUUUAUCACGUCUCCGCUCUUGUUCAAUUCGUUCCCUGUCUCUGUCCUUCUCUGGGUCUCUCUCCCAGUCGCGCUCUUUCCUCCUCUGUUCUUCUAACGCUACAGAAAGCUCGCGCUCCUUUCCCCGGAUGCGAAGCAUCCCCGAGGAAUCCGGAUCAUCGUGCCUGUAAUGACCUAUAUCCACUCCUUCCUUCUCCUUGCCUUUCCAGGACCUUGCAGUCGGAAGUGAGCUUGCCGGUACAUCAUUGGUGUUCCUGUUGCCUCCCGCACUACUUCGCCGAUCACUCUCCUUCUCUUUUCCCUUACUGGGAGAGCCAGGGCUGUUCGGUAGCAAGAUCGAUGGACCAGCCUCGUCCGGGCCUG